AUGGGUCUUGAGCCUCAGCCUUUCCUUCCGUCCAUCACAAUAAUCAGGCUGACGAGUCUGACAACAAACACCACACCAGCGACACUCCUCUUCUCUUCUUCCUCCCAUUUGCAACCCCUGUUGUUUGUUUUUCCAACCCCUCCCCCUGAUCGACUGCACCGGCUGACCCCUACUUCGCUCGUUUCAGCCUGCCCUCAUCGCUGCCUUGGCAAUUUCCCCACUGCCCCCGGGGUCUUAGUCCCUGACGCCAACAGAGCCUCUGUCGCUACGAACACCCCUCCUCCUUACCCACCAUACGGACAAUCUGGAAAUUCCGCACAGCCUUCCCGCUAUGACCUGUAUACCUCCGGUACCUCUACCUCGCAGAGUAAUCCGACCCUCCGCAGGAUGCCGAGCUAUAGUGUAGGGGACGAUGCGGGUCUCUUUGCGCCGUCCCAUUCUCAUAACCCACGACCGACAGACGUAAACGCUCGUUAUUCCGAGUGGGGUGCUGGGGAUUCCCAAGGAGGUUAUAGCAAUGACCGACAGGAGUACGCGGACCAUCCCAGAUAUGCACACCUCCCCUCCGCAACCUCACCCCAAAUUCCUCGCAGUCGCGCUUCCUCGCAGUCCAGCUAUCAGUACCAGUAUACCUCAUCCAUUUCCUCGCCGACCCAGGCGGCGUACAACCCCCAGCAAUACGCCGUCCCUUCGACGCCGUCGCAAUUAAAUUACAACCCCUUGGCAUACUCUAGUGCAAACAACAGCUCAGCCCUAGGACAUCAACCAUACAAUCCAGCCGCUUACCAAACCGCCAGCGUCGCUGGCUACGGCCCGGCUGGUGUCCAGCGACACCCUAGUGUUGGCUACGCGCAAGCGCCUCCGACACCGCUCUCCUAUGCACCACCGGUUCCCUCGCUACCGCCGCCACCCCCUCCGCGAGGCCCAGAUCAUCCGUAUGGAAGUCGUUUGUCGCCCCAGUAUAGCACUCCUUCUCCCGGGACACCUUACGGGUUGGCUCCAACGACCUCAUCCUACAACCUUGCCUCCCCGUCAACCCCGGGCGCAACCUAUGUGUCAUCGUUUGCCGGCAUGGGUUCAGCGCAGUCUCGCCCCUACUCCAGUGGAUCCUAUGGACCGUCCUCUCCCCGCCGAUCUGAGUCCGCCACCGCUGCAUCUCGUGAGGACCAACCCCCAGAACCUCCCGCCCAUGCGUCGUCAGGCGACGACUUGUACGGAAAACGACCGAGCUUGACUCGUCCCGGAUCUGGACGAUCUCUGCCAACCCCGCCGAUCUACCCACCUCAACCACAAAUGUCACCGCAGAGAACAGAUACUUUGACUCGACAUCCUCAGUCGCGCCCACUGCCUGGUCCACCAGUCGACGCGGAGGACGAUUCUGCUCCAUUGACCAACGGAGGGAGUUUACAUGGCAGAGCGGAUGGAAGAGCCGCCUAUGAUGACCUGUUGAAAGAAGUCGAGGCGGCAGUGUUAGAGGCUGGGGACCGAAGUAGUCUACGAUCGUUACGUUUGGAGGCGCAGAACUCCAACCACGGAGGGGAUGGAAUGCGUCUCUCUCCUGAUGAGAGGCAUACGCACACCAAUGGUAAUAUGGCUACGGGAACGGGGCAGUAUGUCAAUUAUGAUGCCUACAGCGACGACAGCGAUGCCGAGGCGGCCGCAGGUCUCGCGAUGUUGCAGAUGGCCGAUGAGGAAGACAGGAUGCGGGCUGAGCGUCUGCAGGAACGCGAACGACGCGAGACAAAUGCGUCCAUCAUCAGUGCAUAUGCCAGCCAACAACCGGCAGAGACGGGUGAUGAGGUAGCACGGUACGGCGGAAACCUCAGGGGGCAGAACCAGUACGAGGAGACAGACGUAUCCACCGACGAGUACGCUGAUGCAGUCGACCAUGGCCGACUGGCGCCCACCUCCGGCUCGCUGAGGAGCUCGAACGUGUCAGCGGAGGAUCGCGGGGAAUACUCGGACGACUACGAGUAUCCUCCUAUGACCCAGGACGCUGAAUAUCCCUUCGAACUGGUGCCGUCCCAUGCGCGCGUUGACGCCGGCGGCACAGGUGGACUGUCCGAACCUAGUGCCUAUGGACGGCGGAUGAGCUUCGAUUAUGGGGAUGAGGGAACGUUAUCGCCCGUGCGUCGUUCCCAUCAAUCGGGCAGCGACGACUCAGACGGAGGAGAAGAACCCGGAGACCUCUUUUUUCACCCCGGCAUGCGGCCCCUACCGCCAGCGCCGGUGGAACCUGCGAACAGAGCUGAUUUAAUCCCGCAUUUGAUGCCGGCGGGGACGUACCGGCAUCAGGAGCAGGGAGAUUGGCAGAGCGAUACUCAGUAUACACCCUCCUACUACCCCGUUACUACUGACUCGUACGGGCCGACCGUGCCUAGCCCCUCAUCUCAAGUUCCACGGUCGAGCUCUUUAUCGAGUCACCCGAUUGGACCUCGUACUGACCCCCCUAUCAGAUCCAAGACCGAUGCAGACCGGGCCAAGUACAAGCAACAGCAUGACCUGCACCGUCAAUCGGGGUCACCGAAGAAGUUCAAUCCUACCAAACUGUCCACGGAGCAGUUCCGUCGUUGUACGGAACCGUGGGCGCUGAGUGCCAUUCUCGAAUGGAUUCGGGAGCUCAGCGAGGAAGAGACUGAUCUCAAGGAGCACACGAUAGUCGAUGCCAUUGUCGCUUUGUUCACUCAUAAGGUGCCGACGAUGAACAUUGCGGAUGCAGAAACACUAGCCGCCCGUGUCGUGCAGAACAUGUUGGCGGAGGAGGCCUUGAUCAAAGAAGAGGAAUGGGUUAAGUUCGGCAAUGGCUCUUUGUCCGGUGUUUUGUUCCAGAUUACCGGCACAGGAUGCUAUUCAUCUCGGUUGCACGAGCAGGAAACCGAGGUCUUUGGACGCUGCUACUCCCAUCACUGUAUGCGAACGUUGAAGAAAGUGAACCUGCGAACACAAGUGAUGGAGCAACAGAAGAAGGCCGAAGAUUGGGUGACCUUCUACAAAGUCCCGAAGGAGUUGUGGGAGUCGUAUCCGAAGAAGGAAAUUGACCGCCAGAAUAAUCUCCACGAGAUCGUGACCACAGAGGACUCCUUUAUUGGGCAAUUGGAUGUUCUGCGCGAAUUGUAUCGGGAUCAGCUAGCGGGUAUGCAGCCAAGCAUCAUUCCUCCAAAACGCGCCAAUAAGUUCUUGAAAGAUGUUUUUGGCAAAGUCGAUUUGGUGAAGAGGGUUAAUGAGGAUUAUCUCUUGGCCCAGUUGAAGUAUCGCCAGAAAGAACAGGGUCCCUUCAUCGGCGGUUUCAGCGAUAUCUUCCGCGAAUGGAUCCGGAAAGCCAAAGCAGUCUACAUUGACUAUGCGGCAACGUUUCCUCAUGCCAACUAUCUUGUUAGGAGUGAAGCGGAGAGGAAUAUUCAAUUCCGGCAUUUCCUUGAGCAGGCCCAGAAUCACAAGUUAUCAAAUCGUCUGAGUUGGGACACUUACCUGAAAGCCCCUAUCACCCGAAUUCAGCGGUAUACUUUGUUGCUCGCCACUGUGCAUAAGAAUAUGCUCAAGGAUAGCGAGGAAAAGGCAAACCUGGCGCAAGCAAUUGAAGAAAUUAAGCUGGUUGCCUUGGAAUGUGACAAUAAGGUGGGUGAAACAAGCAAGAAGGUUAGUCUCAUGGAACUAUCCGCCAAGUUGCAGCUCCGCCCAGAGAUGAAGAGGGAAGUCGAACUGAAUCUGGAACAUCUGGGGCGUGAAAUUGUCCACCAAGGGAUACUGCAGCGGCCAGGCACCCGAACCCGUUUCUUACAGGAGACCUAUGCCAUCCUUUUUGAUCAUUAUCUGGUCCUAGCCAAGCCGGCUCCCAAAUACAAGGUUUUCGACGUGUCGAAAUUGCCGAUCCCCAUGGAUCUCUUAGUUGUUGAAAGCACCAAUGAAGAUCCUGUCGUCAAAUCCUCAGUUAGAGGCGUUGCCACUGUGACUCAGCCUCAGGCUGUGGCCACCCGCGCUGUAGAUGGCAAUGGUGCCAACGCUGCUGGUGCAGCGGCGGGCAAGACGAUUGUUCCCACCACAGUCCUUGAGAGUUCUACAGAUAACAAAAUCCUUUAUCCUUUCAAGAUCAAACAUCUGGGGAAGAACGGGACGUACACUCUCUAUGCCUCUUCCUCUCAGUCCCGACAGGAUUGGUGCGAGAAGAUUAUCGAGGCGAAAACAAAACAUGCUGCAGCCCUAUUUGCGCAGAAUGCGGAGCCUUUCAGACUCCGCGUGCUUGCAGAUACUGCCUUCGCUUCUUCAGACUAUUCCCCGCCCCCCAAGAGUGUUAUCAUCGAAGGUACGCCUCUGGAUCGUGCGAUUAAAGAUGUUGAACAGCGAUUUGCCGACCUUAAGAGACCGGCACCUGUCUGUCGGGCAAGCGUUCACUCUGCCACUGUCUUUCAACAGCCUCCUGGCCGUAUGAUGUGUGCAAUUGGGACUGAUAACGGGGUUUACAUCUCUGAAUAUAAUGAUCCUCGUGGUUGGGUUCGGGCAAUCCAAAUUCCCCGGGUGACGCAGAUCGCUGUCUUUGAAGAAUUCAAUGUAUUCCUACUCAUUGCCGACAAAUCCUUGAUUGCUUACCAUCUGGACGUUGUGUGCCCACCAAGUGGCGUCUCUACCCCAACGACGAGCGACUCGGCUCGCCGAGCGCCGCAGAAAAUAUCAGGAAGUCGUGAAGUGGGAUUCUUCGCUGCAGGACACAUGAAGGAUCGUACAUUGGUGAUGUAUAAAAAGCGAGAUGGGUUGUCCUCAACCUUUAAGAUCAUGGAACCAGUCUUGCAGAAAUCAUCAACGAGCAAGAGUCGUUUCUUCUCCCGCCGUUCGCAAACUGAAUUCUUCCGCGAAUAUGACGAGUUCUACAUUCCGGCAGAAAGUUACAGCAUCAAUAUGUUCCAUUCGUCCCUAGCAAUUUCCACCCAGCGCGGCAUCGAAAUUCUCACAAUUGAUAAGAAACAGACUUGGUCUGUUCCUGAUUUCCGCUCAGAGGCUCCAGAAGCACAAGCUCAGCUUACCAGUAUCGCCGCCCGUAUUACCAACCUACGCCCUCUGGGUAUGUUCCGUCUCAGUGAUAGCGAGUUCUUGGUUGUGUACGCGGAAUGCGCGGUUUACGUGAAUAAACAUGGAGAUGUGUCACGUAGUGUGGUCAUGGAGUUUGUCGGACGUGCCCAUACGGCCUGUCUCUACGGCAAGUUCUUGAUAUUGUUCAACGAAGACUUUGUUGAGGUGCGCAAUGCGAUGAAUGGUCGAUUGCGCCAGGUCAUCCCGGGACAUGGCGUCGUUUGUCUUGAUGAUGGCAGCAGCAUGCCUGGGUCUGGAGCAAAUAGUAUUCCCACCACCACAGGUGGCACGGUGAAUCUGUCCAGCGGAUUAUCCAACGGUGUUGCCCUGGCGAACAACGGCCGUACUGUCAAAAUCUGCAUGCAGCAUCCGGAAUAUGAACGGAACCAGGUUGUUCUCGAAUUAAUUGAGAACGAAGGACAAAAGGAUUAA